UGGAGCUCUGUGGCGAAUAUUUUUUUCACCAAAUCCGAAAGCUCCAAUUCCCAAAUAAAAAUCGACUUCUGCGAAAGGGACCACGGUGAUGGCUACCCAUUUGACGGUCCGGGUUCUGUAACAUCCCAUUCCUUUUUUCCCAGAAAUGGCAGAAUGCAUUUCGACAAUGACGAGAACUGGUCCAAGGGGAAUGGUAUAAACCUGCGCCAACUGGCAACUCACGAGAUAGGGCACAUCUUGGGCCUCCAGCAUAACCCUGACCCUUUAGCCGUCAUGCACCCAUACUUUACCUACAGAAGUUGUUUCAAACUUCAGCAAGAUGAUAAGAAUGGUGUCAUUGCAUUAUACGGUCGG